AUGACGAUGACGAUGCGUGGAAUCGACGCGACGACGAACGGCGACGACGACGACGUGAACGAGACGGAGGAGGUGCCAACGGUGAGCCUGGAGCUGUACGAAGGAGAUUUCAACGAGUUCGUCGUUCGACUCGGUGAGGCGUACACGAAGUAUGGGUUCGUGAUCUUAGAGAAUCACGGGAUCCCACAGGAGAUGAUCGAGCGAGCGAUGGGGCGAUCGCGCGCGUUCUUUGAGUGUGAUGAGGUGAAGAAGAAGAAGUACACGCUGCGCGGGUUGGGCGGCGCACGCGGAUACACGGCGUUCGGGGUGGAGCAAGCGAAGGGGGCGAGCAAGCCGGACUUGAAGGAAUUUUGGCACCUCGGACGCGACUUGCCGCCCGGGCACAAGUACGAGGCGAGCAUGCCGCCGAACGUGGACGAGGUGGUCGAGGUUGAGGGAUUCAGCGAAGUCAACAAACAAAUCUUCAACGCGCUCGACGCUCUGGGUAAUCGCGUCCUUGAGGCGUUGGCGGUGCACCUGGAGCAGCCGCGCGAUUACUUUUCGGAUAAGACAAACGAAGGCAACAGUAUUCUGCGAAUCAUCCAUUACCCACCGAUUCCACCGGAUGCCGCGGGAAGAGUUCGUGCCGGUGCCCACGAGGACAUUAAUCUCAUCACGCUCUUGCUCGGUGCCGACGAGGGAGGGUUACAAAUCUUGCGCAAGGAUGGGAAAUGGCUUGACGUGAAUCCGCCCCCCGGAUGCGUCACGUGCAACAUCGGCGACAUGCUCCAGCGGUUGUCCAACCACAAGUUGCCGUCGACGACGCACCGCGUUGUGAAUCCACCGGUGGAACGCGCUCACCUUCCGAGAUUUUCGAUGCCAUUCUUCUUGCAUCCAAAUCCAGAUUUUGUCAUCGAAACGCUCGAGUCGUGCAUCUCGGAUGAAAAUCCCAACCGCUACCCGGAGCCCAUUAGCUCCGACGACUACUUGCAGGAGCGCCUGCGCGAGAUUAAGCUGAAAUCUUGA